UCGGGAGAAGCGCCGGUAAUUAAUCGUAUUCAUUAUUAAAAUUCGUUCCGCUGAGUUACUUAAAGUUUAAGAAUGUCAAUCAAUCAAAUCGAUCAAGAACAAAGUUCAAUUGAAAUUGAUGAAUUGGAACAAUUGCUACUCGAUGCAGAGGCUGAGGAUGCCGUUUUAAAUACAAAUAUUGUAAUUAGUCAGCCGUCUUCUACUACAGUAAUUAGUCAGUCGUCUUCAACUACAGCAAUUAAACCGCGAUUGCUGUCGCUUUCUGGAUCUACCUUCCUCAGUGGACAGGACCAAAAUAUUUGCUUGAAAGAAACUUCCCAGAAACCAACCAACAUUAAAUCAAGUGCUGUUCAUAGUGGCGAUACAGAUUCAUCUGAUGAUGAAGAAACACGAAAUUUUCUCGAAAGAAAAUAUGAUGAAUAUGGAAGAAGCAUUAACAAGCUUUUGAAACAAAAGGAGGAGGAAAAAAUAGAUUUUCAGAUUUCUAAUUUUAUCGAUCGUGCAUUGAAAAAUGCUGAAAAGGAAGCCUCUCACCUGCCUCGAAAAGUGGAAACAGCUAAAAAAAUAUCUCAAAAUGUGCAACCGUUUCCUGGUGCAAUAAAAGUGGAUAAUAUCCCAAUUGCAAAGAAUGUUAUACCAGAGGUUUUCAAAAAAAGUGUAUACACAGACCCGAUUUUUGGAAUUCGCCUUGUGCACCCUUUAGUUUCCAGCGCUAUUUUACAAGAGCGUAUGCAAGGGCGCAAACCCAUCUCAAUGGCUCGUGUUAAAGCUCACGUCGAACAUGGAGAUUUAAAGGAGGAUUGGGCUCUUGCGGGAGUUAUUGUAAGCAAAAGUUCAACGAAAACAACAUCGAAAGGCGGACAAUUCGCAAUAUGGAAAUUAAGUGAUCUUCACGGAGAUAUAAAAAUGAUAAGCUUGUUUCUCUUUUCCCAAGCCUACAAAGAGCUGUGGAAAACCGCAGAAGGUAUGGUAAUUUGUAUUUUAAAUCCUGGCGUGUUUGAUCGGAAUGAGGACCGGAACUCUGAGGUUACACUCUCGAUCGACAAGUCUGCCAAGGUGAUGGUGUUAGGACAAUCGAAAGAUUUCGGAACGUGUCGUAGUAAAAAAAAGAAUGGAGAGAAAUGUACUGCUGUUGUGAAUUUGGGAGAAUGUGAACAUUGUGUUUAUCACGUCAAACAAGAGUAUAAUAAAGCUUGCAAUCGAGGGGGACUUAUUUCUUCGACAGCUGGACGAGGACUGAACGAAUUGAGGAACAAAGUUCUCGGGAAAAGUGAGGUUUUUUAUGGUGGACAGAGUUUUUCGGCAAUCAAAGCUACAAGAAAUCCAAAACAAGACCAGAAAGAUAAAUCUCGCCUCAUGACGUUGUCAGAAUACUAUCAAUCACCCUUCCAAGGAGAUCGUAACAACAGUACUAGUACACAAAGAAGUUUGGAUUCCCUCCCGUCGUAUCGCCAGCAGCAGCUUAACAAUUCUGCUCCUAAAAAAGGGUCUGCUUCAGGAUUGGAAAUAAAUAUCAAGCAAAGGGAAAAGGAUGUUGAGCGUUUGAAGCAAUUAGGAUUAGGUGAGGCGGUACUAACUUCAUCUUCUCUUUCUAAAGGUUUGGCAAAAGGUCAUGUGAUUGAGAAUUCUCGUCCAACUGCUACCAAUGGAUUCGAAAAUCGUUCAUUUAGCAUAGAAUCGAAAAAAACGCCGCGCUUAAGUACUGGAAACUUUGUUAUCGACUUAGGCGCAUCUCCGAAACAAAUUCUCCAUUCGCGGCAAAAGGCCAUAGAAAUCAUAAAAAAGAAACCGUUGGAGAAAUCGAAUCCCAAUUUCAUUAAACACCGUGGUACCGAGGCUGGCAAGAAACGGGCAUUGGAACAAAUGGAAACUAAUGACGAAACUGGUAGUCAUGCUUCAAAAAAGCAAAAAUUGGAAUUAGAAGAAAAUGCCCGUAAAGAACGAAUACAACAGCUAAUUGCUGCAACAUCUUCCCACACGGAUCUAAUUCAGGCCCAUGAGGAUGAACAGCAGGAGAAAUAUUUCAAAGAUCUCGAACGGAAGGAAGCCAUGGAAGAAAAAAUGAUGAAUACCUUCCAAGUUGCGUGCAAAGCCGUCAUCUGUACGAACUGUAAGUAUAUUGCCUUCUCGGCAGCCGACCGCUGUAAGGAGGAACAUCAUGAACUGAAAGUCAGGGAUGCAGAGAAGCGCUUUUUUAAAUGUGCUGAUUGUGGAAAUCGGACGGUUAGUUUGCAUCGAUUACCAAAGACUUCAUGCCGCAAUUGCCAGAGCUCACGAUGGGAACGUUGUGCGAUGAUGCGUGACAGAAAUGGACCACUGAUCGGAGCAUCAUUAUCAAUUCGCGGUGAUGAGGAAAAAUUUUUAGGAAGCUGUGCCAAUUCUGCCAAUUUAAACCUAUUGGUACCCGUUGAGGACUGUUGACUACGAAGUAGGUAAGUUCUUAACGUAUAGCUGAAAUUUUCAAACGAUACUAAUUGUAAGAUAUAUUUUUGAUGAAUUGAUUUAUUGAUGAAAUGUAUAUUGACGUUAAGAAUAAUAAAAACUGAAUAGAAGGUUUAU